UCCCCGCGCCGCGCCACUUGCCUCCCGUCAGUCGCCCGCCGACUCCGCUUGUGCUUGUGUGACUCGCGCCGCUCCGUGCACCGCACUCGUGCCCCGAUCACGACGCGUGCCGCCCCACUGUGGCCGCGAACGCGACCACUACGCUACCGGCGAAACGUUUCUCCUAACUUAAGUGCAACUUGCUAUGUUUUAACUUUCGGACAUUUCGCAUACCCUUUACCCGGCUUGUUUAUCCCUUCAUAGUUGAGCCCCGCACCGCACCGGCUUGCUCGCUGACCGCCGAGCCGCUAAUCUCGCUUUUUUCGCGCCCCACGACGCCCGCCCAGACCUGCACCGGCCGCCGCAAUGCUCGCGCACCAAGCACCGCUCGCCCUCUACUAAACUAAAUCGUCAACAUCGAUAAGAACGCGUGUGAUAAUAAUUAUUUAAUACUCGCCUAAAUAAGCUUGCAACGUCGGUGUCUUUAAUUAACUUACUUGUAAGAUUAAUCUUAUCGGCAUACUUCUGUACCGCGUGUACUUGCGGCUCCGUGUAUCCGUCUCGCGCGUGUGAAGCAGUGUCAGUGGUGCGCUCGUGGUGUAUCAGCGUGCAACGUUCGCCAGCAGCAGUGCAUGCUAAGAGCGCGCGGGCGCGCUCUGCCCCCCGCCGCCUAUGCGCCGCACUCGCACAGCGUAACUGCGCGCGCUUCUCCCGCCCCUGAAUCCCGUGCCAACAAUGGCCACCAUGGUGAACAUGAAUAGCCUACUGAACGGCAAAGACUCACGUUGGCUGCAGCUCGAAGUGUGCCGCGAGUUCCAACGGAAUAAGUGUUCGAGGCCGGAUACCGAGUGCAAGUUCGCGCAUCCGCCGGCGACUGUCGAGGUGCAGAACGGAAGGGUCACCGCUUGCUACGACAGUAUCAAGGGUCGGUGUAACCGCGAGAAGCCACCCUGCAAGUACUUCCACCCUCCGCAGCACCUCAAGGACCAGCUGCUCAUCAACGGUCGGAAUCACCUAGCACUCAAGAACGCUUUAAUGCAGCAGAUGGGUCUUACACCAGGGCAGGUUAUGCCCGGCCAAGUCCCUGCAGUGGUGGGCGGCGUGAGCGGCGCGGGUGCGGCCGCGAGUCACCUAGCCGCUCUGGACCCGAUCAGUCUCGCCCUGCUCGCCCCGCAGGCGACAUCGCCAUAUCUAUCGGGUGUCCCGGGCGUGGGUUCAACGUACGCGCAGUACUAUGCGCCGCAGCUGGUGCCAGCCAUGUUGGGCCACGACCACGCCGCUGCCGCGUCGCCACUUGGUGUCAUGCAGCAGCCUGUGUUGCAACAAAAGCUACCUCGCACUGACCGCCUCGAGGUGUGCCGGGAGUUCCAGCGCGGAGCGUGCAAGCGCGCCGAGGCCGAGUGCCGAUUCGCGCACCCGCCGCCGCCCGUUGUCCCGCACGACGACGGCUGUGUCACGGUGUGCAUGGACGCCGUCAAGGGACGCUGCGUCCGCGACCCCUGCCGCUAUUUCCACCCUCCCCUGCACCUGCAGGCGCACCUUAAGGCGCAGGCGCGCGGCGCGAUGGACAUGAAGAGCGUCGGAUCCUUCUAUUACGAUAACUUCGUUUUACAGGCCUUCCCUGGAGUGGUGCCGUACAAGCGACCCGCCGCGGACAAAGCCGGCGUUCCUGUGUACCAACCGGCGACAACUUAUCAACAGCUGAUGCAGCUCCAACAACAGCCGUUCGUGCCCGUGUCAUGCUGUGCGCCACCCAACGCGCCUUAUGUGGUGUACACCGACGAACGCGGACAGUUACUGGACACCCUCCCGGUGUGCCAAGAUUUUAAUCGACAAGGAUGUACAAGACCGACCUGCAGAUUUGUUCAUAUUCGUGAAGGGUGCGGGCUGCAGGUGGUGGGGUGCCGCGUGGUGGUGUGCCGUGACGCCGCCGCCGGCACGUGCCGCCGCGCCGCCUGCCGCUACUACCACAUCCCCGUACAACUGCCGCCGGCCCUCCGCCCCCCUUAACCUCUCCCACAUCCCUUAGCUCUCCCUCUCACCCUGACCCCCCGUCCCGUAAUCGAGCAUCGCCCGCGCCCCGCAUUAUCCAUAUCGAUCGCGCCUCUGACACACUCGGGAAAGGCAGAUUUGGCCGGAUUGCACUGUCGCUCCCGCGCGGAGGUGGUGAUAUCUUAGUGAAUAUCGGUUAGUGUAGAUGACGGGAGAGAGCGGCGUCUUGUCCGCCUGACGCGGACCGCGGUUCGCUCCCAUCGGGAACGUGCGUUUAGUCUUCGGGAAAGAGUGUGUACAUAUGUAGCGGGAUAUGAUUCUCAGGCACGGUCAUGCGAUUGUGAUAUGAAUAGAUUUCGAGACGCCGGAGACGUUCGAGUAAUUAUAUCGAGAUCGUACCGAGAUCGUCGAAUAGUAGUUAGUGAGGUUUCAAAAUGUUUUAUUACUAUUGUAUAUUUUUUUUAAGAUACGAUAUGAGUUCCUGUAAAGAUCGGUGCGUCCAGAGUCGGACGUCGCACGAAGUUUGUUGUAUAUAAGUGAUGUAAUAAUGUAUGGGUGGUGCUGUCGCCUGGGCCGGCCUCGGCCAAGGCUGGGCGGUGCAUGGGCACUGGUUACCGACGGUCACGGCCGGUGUCAAAAGUGGCAUCACCCCUCUCCUAAUGUGAGCAUUUUUGUGAGAAUUAUGUUACUUUUUACGUACGUUAUGGAAUUACGUUUUUCUAGAUGACAAGUUUUACACUAGUUUAGAUUAAGUGAAUCAGUAAUGAAACACCAAUAGAGUAGCCGCUUCUCUCCUUCGGCACUGAAACUUUUGACGCCGGGGCACAAUCGGCGUUGGGUCGGGGGGCCGGGUGGCAGCCGUCGCCCCCGGCCGCGGCACGUCGUUCUUCCCUUAAGGAGCCAUCCCAUUCGCACCACGUCUCACGUCCGAAACAGCGCGCGCGCUGAAUCGCGCCGCAACCCCAUUUCUCACUUAGCAUAGAUCACGACACUCGUAGAGUGAUAGAGGGCAGACAAUUCGAAAUACAAUGAAAGUUAUCGGACAAUAUUAAAACGAUGAAGGCAUACUUCCAAGCUAUUUACCUAAUUCUAGGAUAGAACGUCGGCUUUUAUUCCAGAUAGAUUUUGCUAGAUAAUCAUUCUUUUACUGAUCGAUUCUCGUAUAUCGAAGCACAAAAUAGUAACCGACGAUCGAGUCCAGUUACCUCUCGGUGAGUGCAGCAUGAACUUCCCUUAUUAUUUUCGACACAAACAGUAUUAAAUGUUUUGAUCAAAUUAUGUCGUGGUAUGUAUGUAGAGGUGAUAUGCGGAUAGAGAGAGGCGGGGUGCCCGCGCUGUCUCUGCGCCUCUGCCGGCCUGACGUGCAACUGACUGCAAUGUCAGGCAAAGCAAGUCCGCGGUUGGCGUGCGCACCCCGAGGGCAUGGAAGCCUAAUGCCUAAUAUUAUUCCUAGUCCAUAUCCUUUUUGUUGAUCAGUCAUGCGAUUAAUGUUAGAAUAAAAUAUUAAUAAUUUGAUUUAUUCCUCCCAUUUAGUGGAUAUUUUGAUAAUGAUAUAUUAAUAAUGAAAUAUUUAAGAUACAUAAUACAUAUUUGAUUCUAAAUCCUGAUAAAGUGACACUACGUUAGUAAUUUAGUCGGAGGGAUACUUGUGCCGUGAUUAUAUUUUUAGGUAUAUAUUAUGAAAUAAUUCCUAGCGUCGGAAUUAAAGAAGUGAUUAAUGUGUAAGCGUGUUAUAUUUAUUGUCGUAUCGUAAGUGGAAUGCCAUAUCGAUAAAAGGUGAAUAUCGGAAGCGGAGUCAAACUCAGUAGGAACUCGUUGCGUUUGUUUAUGUUGUUUGUUAUAGUGGUCCCGUGCUAGGGUGAACAGUUCACUUUUAUCAAUACGGCACUAUGACUCGUAAAUAUUGUAUACCUAAGUUGUCAUUUUAUUUUUUGUUGAAAUUUAUCGUUUCAUGGAUUAUUUGUUGCCUAUCAUUUUCGUAUUCAAAAUUUUAUGAUCUGACGCAUUUAUUGUAAGACAAUUGAUUACUUUUUAUAAUUAGUGUGAUAAUAAUAAUUAUGGUAUCAAAUUGCCGUUAUGAAAGAUUGAACAUCGAAAGUAUCCUUCCUGUUUAGAAGGGACUCUUCUGGCCCAAGGUUUCUAGUGGAUUUUAUAUUUUCUUUUUGUUGUAUUUUUAAUGUUGCGUGUGUCUUACACAUAAUAUAUUUCAUUUUUGUGAUAUUUUUAACUAUAAAGUACUGUUAUUAUAAAUCCAAAUGGAGUAAUGAUGAC